CCACAACCCUCUCCUCCCCAACCAAAAAGUCUUCAUCCCUCCAACCGUUGCCCUACCCUCCCUACCCAAGGUCCCCUAAGACGCCACAUGCAUCCGCGUCCGUGCCGUCCAGUGCUGCUGUUGUGAUCCCGCAGCCUGCGCCUCCUCCGGUCCCCUCCCAUCUUUGUUCCCGAUUCCAAUCAUAUCACCUGCGGGACGCGCAUCACGUCGGUUUGGAUGGACCAUUGCACGCUCGACGCCUACUCAGUCGGAUAUCCACCUUGUCAUACCCUCCGGGGAGGUGUGAUCUGUAGGCGCAGCUUCCUCUUGCGCUCUCUCUGACCGGCCUGGGAAAGAAGGGGGGAAAAGGCGGCAAGGCGGCGGCGGGUACAGUAGUAGUCAAAGCAGUGUAGAGGGAGCCAAGCCAGCUGCAAAAGUUGCUUUGCUUGCUGCAAUCAUGUCUCGAGCAGGGUACCAGAGAGAAUACCACAUUGCCGUGCUGGGCUCCGGCGGAGUGGGCAAGAGUUGUCUGACUAUGCAAUUUGUCCAGGGGAUAUUCAUAGAGCGAUACGAUCCGACCAUCGAGGACUCAUAUCGCAAGCACAUUGACGUAGAUGGCAGACAUGUGGUCCUGGAGAUCAUGGAUACGGCAGGAACAGAACAAUUCACGGCCAUGAGAGACAUGUACAUGAGACUGGGCCAGGGCUUUCUCUUAGUGUUCAGCAUCACCUCCGCAUCGUCCCUCCGCGAACUCGUCGAGCUCCGCGAACAAAUAGUGCGCACGAAAGGCGAUCCACAGUUCCCCAUUGUGCUCGUGGGAAACAAGUCGGAUCUCGAGGAAGACCGGGCCGUGUCGAGAGCCAAAGCGUUUCAGCUUUCGCAGAGUUGGGGAAAUAUACCAUAUUACGAGACGAGCGCACGACGAGCUACGAAUAUCAACGAAGUUUUCAUGGAUGUCUGCAGGCAGAUUAUCAGAAAGGAUCUCGCAAGAGCACGAACAGACGAUGGGGGAGGUGGUGGAGGUGGGGGUGGAGGUGGUGGUGACAGACGGCGUCGGGAACGGAGGAGAAGAGACGAUCGAGACGGGCGCAGAGAUAGAGGCGGCGGCGGCGGCGGUGGCGGUGGUGGUGGUGGUGGCGGCUCGAGAUGUACGAUAUUGUGAUAAUGCUACUCAGCCAUCCAUCCAUCCAUCCACAUCCACCUAGGUGUCGAGCGUGCAAGCUGCAUACGCCUUCUUUCCUCACCUGCAUGCAUGCAUCCUCAUAGGGUGGUCGUUCACGCGCG